AUGAACAGUUGUUGGGUCACUGGCUUGUUGCCACGCAUCUUCAAUACACCUUAUCCAUCCCUCUCCCUAAAACCCUGCAACUCAGUAGCACUCAGUCAGUGCCAAACCCUCCAUUAAUGCCCUCCAAAUUCACUUCCAAAACCUGAAGCCCUAGGCCUCCCAUUUCUCUCAAAUAGCCUCCUUAUAAAUGUUAAAAACUCUUGGUUAACACUUCAAAAUCUCUACGCUCAUGGAACUCUCAUCUUCUUUCACUCAUCUCCCCAAAAUAUCUGACAUCUCCUUCUCAUCUUCUUUCACUCAUCUCCCCAAAAUAUCUGACAUCUCCUUCUCAUCUUCUUUCUCUCCAAUUCCCAUCCAAAUCCACCUCAAAACCCCCAAAAUCUCUAAAAAUUUCGGGGUUUUCGCUGUUGCUAUAGACCCACAAGAACUUCCCCAAAACAGCCCCCAGAGACUCCUCAAAGAGCUUGCAGAGCGCAAAAAAAUCACUUCUCCAAAGAAGAAAGUACCCCCAAAGAGAUUCAUACUGAGGCCUCCACUUGACGACAAGAAACUCGCACAGAGAUUUUUAAAUAGCCCUCAAUUAUCCCUCAAGCAAUUCCCUUUACUGAGUUCUUGCUUACCUUCUUCGCGCCUGAACAAUGUCGAUAAGACUUGGAUUGACGAGUAUUUGCUCGAGGCCAAGCAAGCUUUGGGGUAUCCUCUGGAACCAUCCGAUAGUUUUGGGGAUGAUAAUCCUGCGAAGCAGUUUGAUACAUUGUUGUAUUUGGCGUUUCAGCACCCCAGCUGCGAGAGGACCAACUCGAGGCAUGUGAAAGCAGGGCACUCGAGGCUCUGGUUCUUGGGGCAGUACGUGUUGGAAUUGGCUUUCUGCGAGUAUUUUUUGCAGAGGUAUCCAAGGGAGUCUCCGGCACCACUGAGGGAGAGAGUUUUUGCGUUGAUUGGAAAGAGGAAUUUGCCUAAGUGGAUUAAGGCGGCAAGUUUGCAGAACUUGGUUUUCCCUUAUGAUGAUAUGGAUAAGUUGGUUAGGAAAGAUCGAGAACCGCCAGUGAAGUCUGUGUUCUGGGCUCUGUUUGGUGCAAUAUAUUUGUGUUUUGGCAUGCCAGAAGUGUAUCGAGUGCUUUUUGAAGUAUUUGGAAUGGAUCCGGAAGCUGAGGAUUGCCAGCCAAAAUUGAGGAGACAACUUGAAGACGUAGAUUAUGUUUCUGUUGAAUUUGAAGGGAAUAAGCUAAGUUGGCAAGAUGUUGCUGCUUACAAGCCUCCUGAAGAUGCUCUCUUUGCACACCCAAGGCUUUUCAGGGCUUGUGUUCCACCAGGCAUGCAUCGGUUCCGUGGGAAUAUCUGGGAUUAUGACAGCAGACCCCAAGUCAUGCGAACACUAGGAUAUCCACUAGCAAUGUCAGACAGAAUUCCAGACAUUACUGAAGCUAGGAAUAUUGAACUUGGACUUGGGUUACAGCUUUGUUUCAUGCAUCCAUCAAAAUACAAAUUUGAGCAUCCUCGGUUUUGCUAUGAGCGGUUAGAAUAUGUUGGCCAAAAGAUACAGGAUCUUGUGAUGGCUGAGAGGUUACUAAUGAAGCAUUUAGAUGCUCCUGGGAAGUGGCUACAGGAGAGGCACCGUCGUCUUCUGAUGAACAAAUUCUGUGGGAGGUACUUGAGAGAUAAACAUCUGCAUCACUUUAUUGCCUACUCUGAGCAAGUACAAGAUGCAUUUGAGCACAAUAGAAGGCUGAGAAACCCCGCUACAACUGCUGUUCAGCAAGCCAUUCACGGUCUUUCGUACACUGCGUAUGGGAAGCCAGAUGUGAGACGUAUCAUGUUUGAGGUUUUUGAUUUUGAGCAAAUACAACCAAAAGCUGUAUGAAAAAUUUCGGAGGAAGUGAUAACCAUUUUCUUCACCUUCAACCAUUCAUACUUCAACAUGGAACAUCCUAGCGUCAACCAAGCUUUUAGGCUUCUGGUGUUGGCUCUCAUUAUUGAGAAAUUUGUAUUACAUAGUGGAUGAGAUUACAAGUGUAGUUGCAGUUUUGCCUUGACAGUGCUUGUUCAGUUGAUAAAAGACCAAAAUGAUAACAAUAGAACAACUUUAUGAGAAUUUACUUAUAAGUAUAGAAAGAGCAGAGCACUUCUUCUUGUUUGAA